UUCCAAAUCUAAAAAUGGUCAAAACAGAAAUCUACUCUUUGGAGCUGGCACAAUUCCUCAAUUUAGGAAUGAUUCUGCUUUACCUCUUUUUAGAAUUUCUUCUUUCUGCGUGAGUGUGUGUGUGUUGUGUUAGUAUGAGGCUCGCUUCCCACCUCAGUCACUGGUUUGCUCGCUCCCUUAUGUGAUGAAUCAAUGCUUUCAGAACAGGGGCUUCUGAGUGACUGCGGGAACAAUUACUUCCAAAUGAACUCGUGCAUCUUAUCAGGGAGCAUUCAGACCACACCCCAGGUCUCUGCUGGUGGUUCUGAAGCCAAACCUCUGAUCUUCACAUUUGUCCCCACUGUCAGAAGACUACCAACCCAUACUCAGUUGACUGACACCUCUAAAUUCCUUGUUAAAAUUCCAGAAGAAUCAAGUGAUAAGAGUCCAGAAACUGUAAAUAGGUCUAAAUCCAAUGACUACUUGACCUUGAAUGCUGGGAACCAACAGGAGAGAGACCAAGCGACAUUGACUUGUCGUCCUUCAGAGGUCAGUGGAACCAUUUUACAAGAAAGGGAAUUUGAAGCAAACAAACUUCAAGGAAUGCAGCAAAGUGACCUCUUCAAAGCUGAAUAUGUCCUUAUUGUGGACUCUGAAGGGGAAGAUGAGGCUACAAGCAGCAAAGUUGAACAAGGCCCCCCAGGGGGGAUUGGUACCGCAGCUGUCCGGCCCAAGUCUCUAGCAAUCUCUUCCAGUCUGGUCUCUGAUGUAGUGCGUCCCAAAACACAGGGGACUGAUCUCAAGGCCUCAUCACAUCCUGAAAUGCUUCAUGGGAUCGCCCCUCAGCAAAAGCACGGGCAGUUAACUUCUUCUUCCACUACCUCUGAGCAGCUUGCCUGUAAACCACCUGCUUUCUCCUUUGUUUCUCCAACUAAUCCGAACGCACCACCCGACCCAGUUAACCUCGAGGGAGCCUCUGUCCUAGAGGAGUUCCACACUAGGAGGCUGGAUGUCGGUGGGGCCGUGGUGGAAGAAUCAGCUACGUAUUUUCAAACUACCGCUCACUCUACACCCUUUUCUGCAUCGAAGGGCACCUCCUCGACGUUACUGUUUCCCCAUUCCACUCAACUAUCAGGUUCUAACUUACCCAGUUCAACUGCGGCAGAUCCAAAGCCUGGACUGACCUCUGAAGUUCUCAAGAAGACAAGUUUAACCUCGCAUGUCCUUAGUCGCGGAGGAAGUCCGAGAACCUCUUCUCCUCCAUCGUCCUCCAGUGCUUCUCUGAAGUCGAAUUCAGCCUUGUACAUACCAGUCCGCAUUGUCACGCAUUCACUGUCUCCGAGCCCCAAACCAUUUACCUCCUCUUUCCACGGCUCUUCUUCCACCAUCUGCAGCCAAAUGUCAUCUAGUGGAAAUCUUUCAAAGUCAGGGGUAAAAUCCCCAGUGCCUUCCCGGCUUGCCCUUCUCACUGCCAUUCUCAAGUCAAACCCUUCCCACCAAAGACCCUUUUCCCCUGCAUCCUGUCCCACCUUCUCUCUCAACUCCCCGGCCUCUUCCUCUCUCACACUUGAUCAAAAAGCAAAGCAGACCCCACCCACGCCUAAAAAAUCUCUCUCAAGUUGUUCCCUGAGAGCCGGGUCUCCAGAUCAAGGGGAAUGCCAGGUUUCUGAGUUGACCCUGCAAUCUUUUCACCUGCCUGUUUUCACCAAGUCUACCCCACUUUCUCAGGCGCCCUCCCUCUCUCCUACAAAACAGGCUAGUAGCAGCCUUGCUUCCAUGAAUGUAGAGAGAACACCAUCACCUACUUUGAAGAACAAUACCAUGCUUUCCCUGCUACAAACCAGUGCAUCCAGUUCUGUGGGUCUUCCUCCUGUUCCACCAAGCUCUUCUCUUUCCUCUUUGAAGAGUAAACAGGAUGGUGACCUCAGGGGUCCAGAAAACCCCAGAAACAUUCACACUUACCCUUCUACAUUAGCCUCCUCUGCAUUGUCUUCUCUAUCUCCUCCUAUUAAUCAAAGAGCUACGUUCUCUUCUUCAGAGAAAUGUUUCCAUCCUUCCCCAGCUCUUUCAAGCCUGAUAAACAGAUCUAAAAGAGCAUCAUCCCAACUAUCUGGCCAGGAGCUGAGUCCUUCAGCUCUUCCUUCACUCCCUAUCUCCAGUACUAGCUCUGCCUCUCUUCCCAACUUGAGGUCCUCCUCUCUCCCUCGUGCCAAUCUGCCCACCCUGGUGCCCCAGCUCAGUCCCUCAGCUCUGCAUCCACAUUGUGGCAGUGGUACCCUGCCUUCAAGACUUGGGAAAUCUGAAAGCAGCACCCCCAACCACAGGUCACCUGUUUCAACCCCAUCACUUCCCAUAUCUCUAACAAGAACAGAGGAGCUGAUUUCACCUUGUGCAUUGUCCAUGUCAACAGGCCCAGAAAAUAAGAAAUCAAAGCAAUACAAGACCAAGUCAAGCUACAAGGCUUUUGCAGCAAUCCCUACAAACACAUUGCUUUUGGAACAGAAGGCACUAGAUGAACCAGCCAAGACUGAAAGUGUCUCCAAGGACAACACAUUAGAACCACCAGUGGAGCUGUAUUUCCCUGCACAGCUCAGGCAGCAAACUGAAGAGCUCUGUGCUACCAUUGAUAAGGUCUUACAGGAUUCCUUGUCUAUGCAUUCUUCUGAUUCUCCUUCAAGGUCCCCAAAGACAUUGUUGGGUUCUGACACAGUCAAAACUCCCACAACUCUUCCAAGAGCAGCUGGUCGAGAAACCAAAUAUGCAAAUCUCUCCUCACCAUCUUCUACAGUAUCUGAGAGUCAGCUGACUAAGCCUGGAGUAAUUCGCCCAGUACCUGUAAAAUCCAGAAUAUUACUGAAACAAGAGGAGGAAGUCUAUGAACCCAACCCUUUCAGUAAAUAUUUGGAAGAUAACAGUGACCUCUUUUCUGAACAGGAUGUAACAGUCCCUUCCAAGCCUGUCUCGCUCCAUCCUUUAUAUCAGACUAAACUCUAUCCUCCUGCUAAGUCACUGCUGCAUCCACAGACCCUCUCACAGGCUGACUGUCUUGCCCCAGGACCCUUCAGUCAUCUGUCCUUCUCCUUGAGUGAUGAACAGGAUAAUUCUCACACCCUCCUCAGUCACAAUGCAUGCAACAAGCUGAGUCAUCCAAUGGCGGCUAUUCCUGAACAUGAAGCUCUUGAUUCCAAAGAGUAAUGAAGUUGGAGCAGAGGCUGAAAACACAGGCUGCUGAAGUUUUUUGGAAUGCUGGUGCUAACCACUUGCUAAAUUUAACCUUUUUUCCCCCCAGAAUUAGUGCUCCCUUUAUGAGCUGCAGUGCAGCAGAACCAAAAAAAAGUUUGCUGCAGUUAUAUAGCAUCACAGUGCUCUGCUAACAGCCAGCAUAGGAGAGAUUUACCUACAGCUUUUUGCACCACUGUCCAAGCCUUUAAUGCCUUCUACUUAAUAUUAAGCUGACAGCAAUACUAACGUGCCCCUAUAUUUAGCAGCCAAAUAAAGAAGAAUCAUGGGUAAAUAGAA